AUGAAUAUUCCUACAAAAGAUAAAAAUAUAAUUGAAUCAAGAUAUCAAUAUAAUGUUGGUCCUUCAAAUUCUCAAUUAUUUAGAACAUCUAGACGAUCAAUUGAUGUUUCAACUAUAGAUGAAGAAAGAAGGAAGAAAAUUGAGGAGAAAAUUUCUGUUGAUAUGAUGAGACGUUUAACUCCAUUUGAUAAUAGAGAAUUAGUUGAUUUUGUUGGAUGGUUAAAUACAAAAGAUCAUACACCUAAAACUACCAUUUUUCGUACUGAUAGAGGAAAUUCAAUUCCAGAAGAAAGAUUAUUAACAAGAAAUAAUGAAUAUUAUUAUCCAUUAAAUCAUCAAUCAUUAUCAAAUAAAAGUUCUCAUUCUUCUAUAGAUAAUAGUAGUGGUAUAGUGUCAUUAACAAAAGGAAAAGGAUCAGGAGAUAGUAGAAAAAAUUCUCAAAAUUUUUCAUCUUUUGAAAAAAAAAAAUUUAGAGCAUCAUCAAUUACAGGCGGAAGAAGUACAAAUAAUAAUUAUGCAAUGAUUUCAAAAAAAAAUAGUCUGCAAAAUAAUAAUAAUUCUAUGGAUGGAAUGAAAGAUAGAAGAAAAUCAUUGGCUAAUUUCAGAUCAAAAUCAACAAAUAGAAGAGUUUCUGAUGCUCCAGUACGUAAUCUUUUGUAA